AUGGACGAUCAAAUUAAACCUGCUAUUCAAACGUACAAUGGUGGAAUCAUUUUUGUUAGUUAUCUGACUGCAGUCGUAGGAGCCAUGACAGCACUCGAAUUGCUUCAACGCAGAACACAUAUUAGAGGAUACUACAAUUGGUUCUUGUUGUCUGCUGCUGCUGCCUCAAUGGGUGGUGUAGGAAUUUGGUCGAUGCACCUUAUUGGCAAUAACAGCCUUACUAUUACGUUAGAAAACAAUACCCAUUACCAACUCUUGUAUUCUUCUGGAGCCACUUUUGCUAGUCUAGUAGUUGCUAUUCUUUGUAUGCUUCUUUCGUUUGCUUUUGUUGGUAUUACGGAACAAGCAAAAAUAUUCAGAAUUGUUUUGAGUGGCAUUAUUGCUGGGCUUGGUAUUGUAUCUAUGCAUUAUUUAGGUCAAAUUGCCAUAGCAUUCUUUGUAACGAAGAAUAAAAUUGGACAUGUUUUGGGAGCUAUAGCUAUCGCAGUCUGCGCCGUUACAGCAGCACUAUUUAUUUUUUUCAAGCUUCGUGAACAGUGGGAAAAUCAGUGGUACAAACGUCUUGGAUGCGCCAUGUUAAUGGGUCUCGCAGUAUGUGGCAUGCAUUACACAGCACUUUUUGGGACUGUAUACUACGCCAACAUAGACUCAGAUGUAACACCCCCCACACCUGUAAUGACCAUUCCAACAUUGAUUGGAAUCAUAUCUGCUAUUGUCUUGAUUGCGUCUGUCAAAUCAAAGAUAGAAAAUGAUAACUCGCCUAUUCAAGCAGACUCACGUACAAGACUCAUUCUAGGUCUAGUGUUUUUUGAUGCGCGUGGAAGAAUGCUAGUCAAAGUAGAUGGUAUUGUGCCAAUGAAAGAGAUCACCGAAUCUGUUCCUGAAGAUCGAUAUUGUGGAGCAUUCUCUGCACAUCAUCCGAUUUUUGCUCGGCUGUUUGAAAGUACGCUUUCUUGGUCAAGACAUAACUUAGAAGGCCCAAUACAUCAAACAAAUGAGCAUCCUAUUGAUCGUGCAUUUAUGAGUGCUGCCACAGAACUUGCUGAGGAACUUGACUUCAAAGAUUUAUCUGAUCUCGGUCAUCUUUUCCAUUCUGUUUUGAUAUCUAAUAGCAUCCCCAAAAAGAGCAUAUUCAUACAACCUUCAAAGUUCUUUCCAGCCUUUCGAAGAGAGAGUAUCAAAACAACAUGGAUUCUCUCUAAAUAUGGCUCCAAAGAAACAAUCAAUGAACAAUCACCUCAAUCAUUGAAAGGUACUACAAUAUGUAAUACUACAUCAACUUCGGAACAAGCAGUGAAACUUGACAUGAGCGAUGAUGAUUUCUUUGAAGAAACUUUACCAAGAUCAAGUGGCAGCUUUUACUCUCAAGAUGAACACAUUUUUCUGAUUAGGAAAAUAGAAUCUGAAAAAGAUUUGGUAGAUUUACUGUCGAUAGGCUUUCGAUUUGCUGAACCUAUGUUUAUCGCGAAAAAAAUGGGGGAUAAACUACAAUUACCAUCUGAAUACUUGCUCAGUCAUUUUAAAGAUAUGCUCAAGAUGGCCGAAAUAACUGCAAGCAUGAACACAUGCGCCAAAUCUUCAGAUUUAUCUCUGCAACAAUCUCUGAAAAAUGAAGAAGAUGUUUAUAAAAGAGUUUUUGUGGGUUUAUUCACUGUAAUUGAAUGCGAAAAGACAUCAAAUAAUCCGCCAUGCAUUAUUGUAGAUAGAAACAAGCCUUAUACUUUUCCAAUCGUACAAAUUAACCUAAAGAGUAGCACUGGGUUAGAGGAAGCACUUACAGAUCUUAAUAGAGAACAGAAGAAGAUCAUUCUAAACAUGAGCGGACAGUCACUAGCAAAGAUUGCUUCAACUACAUCAGCAACUCAGCAAUCUCUGAAUUCAAUCAAUCACAUUAGCGCUAUCAAAAACGAUGACAAAACUGAACAUAUAUCAACUACAUCAUCGACCUAUAUUCAGGAACUUGAAGGCCCAAAUCAAAGAUUUUUUAGUGCAUUUCAAGAAGCCUGCGAAACACUUGCUAAUUUGUCUCAAUACGAUAAGCAUUUAACAUUUUCUGCCAAGCUCUCGGGUGACAUUAUAGACAUUCCGUGCUUUGCUCUUAGACCAGGCCCGUGCUCACUUAUUUUGUUCAGGGCGCGCAUCGCUUUACCUGAGACACAACAUGAAAUAAAUUCGCCGAAUGCAAGUGCUUUCAAAUGCAUACCCUUUUCCGUAUACCAUAGUUUCUCAGCCUACGCAACCGAUAAUGCUGUACAGUUUUAUCGCAAACUACAGCUCAAAAACAAUUCGCCUCCAUCUUGCCUACUUCAACAGCAGCUCUAUCAAUCUACUGCAUCAAAAAAUACAAAAGAAGAUCCAUUGGUAACAGACGCUAUGGUUAAAGAACAGAUUUCUUCUACGUCAACUCAACAAGUACUCUCGUCCCUCCCACCACCGCCUAGAGCAAAACGCAAUAAAUUCAGUCUUACACCGAGUACGCCUUAUACAGAAACUGAUAUGCAUGUCAACAAGUCAUUUUUACCAAACAUUAUCAAAAACAGUGAUUUAAUACCGCUGGCAUCUGUAACUCCAAAUCCAGUGAUAGAAGCUAUUGCUGCCUUAAACACAAUAUCAACGAAUGAUAGAUUUUGGUGGCUAGAUAAUGUUUUUGAAGAAACUCGGAAUCUGUAA